AUGGCUGCCGCCACGGAACGAGAAAAGGCGGAGAAAAAGCGGCUUCAAGCCUUCCUGGGAGAAAUCCUCCGAGUUGGAGCUAUCAAGGGAUUUCAGUACUUCACUCUGUACCUCAGGGGGAGGGAAGAACUGCUGUGUAGUAUCAUCAAUGAACUCAAGCCUGAAGCAGGAGUGCCCCUGAGUACCCACAUCUGCACAGAGAAGUCCUCAGACCUGCCUCUCAACAAGAGUUCACUUAUGCUGUCCAUUGGAACACAACAAAGGUUGAGUGGCCUGGCACAUAUGAACAUUGGGCUGCCUCCUGCCUCACCAAGUGACAAAGAGAUAACUCCAGUGGCCCCAGACCAGACCCUGUUCCUGAUAGCUGGUUACGCCAGGUACAACUGUCCGUACGUGUGGAUCCGGUCCCACCACCACCGCCUGGUCAACCUCACGCACGCCUCGUCAGCUGACAAGGACAACCCUCUCAAACUCAACGCAACCAACAACUGGGGCAGAGAAGAAGUCCACCUCUGGGACAUCCUUGCUGAGCUAGUCCAUCUCUGCACGGUGCCAGCACCACGGAACCCUUUUGCGGUGGACUUGGUGUACUUCCAGCAGCUCCCUCUUGCAGAUCAGGUGACAAGUACAGGGGCCAUGGUCUGGCUUCUGCAGCAGAUCCUAAAACACUCUGGGAACAAGGAGUACACUGGGAAGGUGUUUGAGGACCUCCAUGAUGUCACGAAGUUACACUUCCAGAGCCUUCAGCAGUGGGCACGGGAGAAGAUGCCACAACAACAACAACAACAACAACAACAGAGAGCACCAGGUGCAGGGUACAGGCCAGGUGUACAGAGAGGACCAACUGCUGUGUAUGGGUACUAGGGAGGAAGGGGUAAAAGUCUGCUUAAAAAUUCCAGUUUCAGUUUGUAUGUUAUAAAAUAUCUUUUGGAUCUUGUUCAGCUUUAUUUAAAUGUAUUAUGAAAUAAGGAUUACUGAACUUUACAUGGCCAACCCUGGUAGUCAAUAUACAUGCCGUAGACGAAGACGACUUUUUGUGUACUCAUCACAGAUGUGUUACCUCUUUCAUGCUAAUCUAAAUAUAGAUGUAAAGGGGGUGCUUAAGUAAUGUACAUGUAUGAAGGACAUGAAUAACGUAUUAGUUCAGUUUUUCCUGUUAAAAAGUUCCUACAGGUAUGAAUUUACCUGCGCAAAAUGGUGUAAAAAUUCUUGAAUCAAAUAAAUUUACUAUGAUC